AUGGCUGACGUACAGGAAGCUGCGACCGAAACAGUACAGAGCAUCAACGAAACUUUGAACGAAACAGCGAGCAAUGUUACAACAAAAAUACCGUCUACGCCUGAGGGAAUGGCCAUUGCAUAUGGCAGCCUUGUUUUUAUGGCGUUAGUCCCAAUUUUCUUUGGAGCUUUCCGUUCCGUGAGGCACCAUAAAGAACAAAAGGAAUCUGGUGAAGCUCCUGAGGUGAUGUCCCAGAAAGAUGCUGCUAUGUUUCCAUUAAUCGCUAGUGGUACACUCCUUGGUAUUUACAUUGUAUUUCAGAUAUUCUCUAAAGAAUAUAUUAAUUUAUUGCUGACCAUUUAUUUUUUCUUUCUUGGAGUCCUUGCCUUGGCACACAUUAUCAGCCCUGCAAUAAGAAUGAUGUUACCAUCAAGUUUUCCCAAUGUGCCAUAUCAUUUGCGGUUGACAAAAGGAUCAGAUCAACAAAAAGAAGAAUUAAUGGAUUAUGAGUUUGAUCGUAAAGAUCUUACAUGCCUGGCUGUUGCUGGUAUUGUCGGCCUUUGGUAUUUGUGGAAAAAGCAUUGGAUUGCUAAUAAUGUAUUUGGUUUAGCCUUUGCUGUAAAUGGAGUGGAGUUAUUACAACUGAACACAGUUAUGACUGGAUGUAUAUUACUGAGUGGAUUAUUUAUAUACGAUAUAUUCUGGGUGUUUGCUACCGAUGUGAUGGUGUCUGUUGCAAGAUCAUUUGAAGCACCUAUCAAGU